AUGUCGUUUAAAGUACUAAAUUUGCUGAAUACCGACGGAGGACUGACCUCGACGAGCCUUCUCAACGAGCAAGUGAGUAAUUUUUCACAAUAAUUAAUGAAAACUGUGAAAUGUGAGUUUUUGAGUGAAGUUUUAUGAGGAAACACGACGAAAUCAUAAAAAAUUGCGAGAACAACGCGAAAAUGGCAUAAGACUUUAAAGACUGAUUGAUUUUUCAAAUCAAAGUAGAACAACUGGAAAACUUGAAAAAUUUUACCGCAGCCUUCAUUUAUUAUAGGGGCACCGCACAGAAAUGGCGCUCUGUUGAGAAAUUCUUUUUGCAGUGCAAAUUGAGUCGGGGCCGAGUUUGAAAAUUUAGGCCACGUUUUCAGUGGAAAAUUACUUUACGGCCUAGAAAUUCGGCCAGAUUGCGAACAGCGCGCCCUUUCUGUCCGGUGCCCCUAUAAUAUCUCAUUUUCGUGCCAAACUCUCGUGAAAAUCGCGUUGAAAAUUUGCUGAAAACGCAAAUUUGACGUCUCGGUGUUUGCGUAUUUCAGCAACCACCGUAACCAUUGCCGCUAAUUUAUUUUGGAACAACUGGCAAGACACAACAAGGAAACGAAAAAAUAAUUUGCAGCACGCGGCGAGCGGGGACCAUCGUUUGUGCCAGUCGGAGAGCGGAGUCGAGCUCAAAUCCCUGCUCAAACUCAUCGACAAAGAGAUUCAGGAGAGUCCGGCCACCGACGAGGACGACGACCUUCAGGAGACGCUCCGCUCGACGGUCCUCGAGGAUUCGAAUCCGUUUUUCGCCCAGAAGACUUUCACGAGAAACACGGCAAGAACGAGCAAUAAUGAGGAGGAGCCGAAAGUGACUCUGUCGGAAACGCUCAUCGUUCCGGUCAAGAAAUACCCGAAAUACAAUUUCGUCGGACGCAUUCUCGGGCCACGUGGGAUGACUGUGAAGCAGUUGGAAAAGGAGACCGGCUGCAAGAUAUUCGUGAGGGGAAGGGCCUCGAGCACGACGUUCAACCCGCACACGAAGGCGACGACGCGCAUGUGUCCGUUAAACGGAAACAGCAAACCAACGCUUUCGACCAUCUCGCAGGACGCGCUCACCGACGACCCGCUCCACGUGUUCAUCGAGUGUCAGGACUACCCGGGCAUCGCCGAAAAGAAGUUGGCGCAUGCCGUUCAGAUCAUCUCCGAACUCUUAUCGCCGCCUGUAACCUAGUUUUUGCGUUUCUAUUUAUUUUUGCACGUAUUCAGGCGGACGGAAAAGACGAGCUCAAGCGCCAGCAACUGGUUGACAUCUCGCUGAUCAACGGCACUUACAGAGCCACCAGCUCCUCCACCGACGUCCUUCGUAAGCUUUUUAGUCAAGUCACAUGUUCGCCAGGGAAUCUUUAAUUCGCGUGAAAUUUUUCAGUUUCUGCAGGUCAAUUCCGUCGUUCGUCGCCGUGGAGCCAAACGGUCGAUCCGACAGUGAAUCCGGGCGAUUUGGAGUUGAAACCGCUCAAAUUGGAGCUCAGCGAAAUGACCGGACACGGAGAUUUGGGAUCCGUUUAUGGGUUAGUAACGUUUUUUAUUUGCUUCAAACCGUUGUUGAUCGGUGAGAGAGCAAAGAAACUUUAUUCAAGCACAGGUAAUCAUUUAUUUAUGUUCUGUUUCGUCGACUCCUUGUUUCGGAAGUUUUCAUGCAAAACUUGAAAUAUCUUGCAGGAUCGCUCAACAAAAGCGCAUUUGGCAGAAGCCACGUGGCCCGGACACUUCUUCCGACGAAUACGCCAAAUCGGUGUCUUCGCGUGAAUACGUCACCGAUAUUGUCAACAAAACCAAGGUUUUUCCUCGUUUUUUCCCUUUAAAAUCACCUGCUAACCCUCUUUUUCCAGAAAAGCCCGGUGACGCAGACUUCCGACGAAUCGCUCUUCAACCUGCCGCAAUCGGUCGUCACCGAAACGUUGAAGUGAGCGAAUUUCUUGAGAAAUGACCCGAAACGAAAGAUUUUGCAGAGUGGCGAAGAGCCUGCUCGCUUCGCACAAACACAUGUCAUUCAGAGCACAAUCCGAUCACGUUUCUGCCGAAAUUCCGAAGUUGGCGAGCAAAGGAACGAAUUUCGGAGCCGGAGACGGAGGGAACCGAUGCGCGAAGAGUGGUACGCAUUUCUUUUGUGCAAAAAAUCCCAAAAACCCAAAUUUUCCCGAUUUUUAAGCAAAAUCCAUUAAGAACCUUCAAAAAUCGAUUACAGAGAUGCCGCCGCCGCUGAUGUCGGGAUCCCUGCAACGCGUGCCGCCGUCCGACUUCUUCAACCAUCCGAACUCGCCGUCUGCCAAUCAAUACUUCCAGGACUUCCCCCCGAUCCCGUUCUACAUGCUCCCGCCGCCCGCAAUGUUCUCCCGCCGUUUUUAG